AUGGCUCUUCUACGCGAGAACCACCACGUCAAAAUAGCCGUGACACUCCUGACAGCAUGGGCGUCCCUGAUCCAAGCGGCGCAGAAAACCACUGUCGAAUUCAAAUCAUACCAACCCUCAUUUCAGAAGUUAAUCGGCCAGAAAGUUAGCGGUCGUCUGGCCACCGAGCUCCCUUGGGAAGCUUUCCACGAAGGAGGCAUUUACAACAAAGAUGACAACUCUCUCUACAUCGCCUCCAACUUCGACACCGUCGACAACCCAAUCAACAUCACAAUCCUGUCCCUCGACGACCUUUCUAUCCGGAGCCAACGGUACACAAAUCUGUCCAUGCCUAACGGCGGAACGACUUUCCGCCCUGUCGAUGCCUCCUCCAAGUCAUCUCAGACGUUGCAGGUAUGGUGCGACCAGGGCGAUUUCACCAACUAUUCCAAGUUGGUCACCAUAGAUACAUCCACGAACGAAACGAAAACCCUUCUCUCCAGUUUCAUCAACCGAAACUUCACAUCUAUCAAUGACGUCCGCCAACACCCCAAGACAGGUGACCUCUGGUUUACCGACGCAUACUACGCCCACUUCAAUGGUUUCCGCCCAGAACCUCAACUACCCACCCAAGUCUACCGCUACAAUAUCGCCACCGGGAGUGUUCAAGUCGUAGCCGAUGGUCUCCAGCAGCCGAACGGGAUUGAAUUCUCGCCCGAUUUCAAGACAGUCUACAUCUCCGAUACAGGCGCCGCAACGACAAGUUUCGACCCCAAGGGGCCGGCGACCAUUUAUGCGUAUGAUGUGGUCGACGACAAGAGGAGGCUCAGUAAUAAGCGUGUCUUCGCAUACACCGACAAUGGAAUCCCUGACGGGCUGCACACGGAUGUAGAAGGGAAUUUAUGGGCAUCCUGCGGCGACGGAGUCCAUGUCUGGAAUUCCCGAGGAGACUUGCUCGGAAAGGUUUUUACAGGAGACUACACCAGCAACUUCGCUUUUGCUCCAGGUCGGAUGUUCAUCUUUUCGAACAGUCGCCUCUGGGUCGUUGAGAACGUAGAGGGCUUGAUUGAGGCCGCGACUGAGGGACACUUUGGGGAACAGACACAGGUCUUUCGGGUUCGUGACUGCAUCAAGAACUUGAAGAACAAGCAGAACCCAGCAGAACGAACACUGGAAGAGGAAUACCAGUCGUGGUUCAAUACAAUGGCAGCAUUCACAAAGGUGCCGCUCCAUGAUGCUGGUGAGAAUGGGGAUGCUCGAGUUAUCCACAUAGUCCUGAAAGCCGUCAACGUAAACCCGAAGGACGUUCAAGCUCGCACAGCGCUUCACAUAUGCUGUUCCAAGGGGAACGUGGACUUCAUCCAAGACAUCUUGACGACAGGUGCAUCUCUCAACGUGAGCCUGCGCAGGCGUAUCUUCGCCAGCUGA